AUUGCAGGGGGUUGGACUAGAUGGCCCUUGGGGUCCUUUCCUGCUCUACAAUUCUGUGUAAAAUCUGCCAAGUGAGAAUAACAAUUCAUAGAUCUAAUGAAGGGGUCUCUUAUUUGUUCUUUCACAAUAGCAGUAUAGUCUUAUACAACUCUUUUUAGACGUAAACAAGUUAUGUCAGUCUUUUAAGGUUGCUCAGUACCCUUUUCUUUGUGGUAUAACAGACACUGCCCUGCCCCCCCCCCCGUUCAUUUAUGUUAUGUUUGUUUCAUUUUAUUAAAUCAGAUUGAUUUGGGAUGUCUGCAUAUUUGAAUUCUUCUUCUAAAAAAGCUUUUAAAACAAUUGUUUUGGAUUUUUGCCACAGUAGGAAAGCACGAAAACACUUUCGCUUUCUUUUUCUCUGCAGUGAAAUCAAAUAAAUCAAAGGGUGUGUGUGUGUGAUAGAACAACGCCUGAAAAACAGAGACAGAGUAUGUUCAAGAGCCCUGAUUGGGGGAAAGGUAGCAAGUUCUGCCCUAGAGUGAUAGUGCUGAAUUUUGCACCUUGCAAUAAUGGCUUUUCUGUGUGGCCCUGUAUGUACUUGGGGGGGGGGCAAAUUCUAUGAAACUUAAAGCACAGCCAGUGCAGGUCUACUCAGAAGUAACCUUAGGUUGUGAAGUGUUUACGCUGCUUCUGUUGCAAGUAAAGGACACUUACAAAUUGUUCUGUUAGUAGGCAGGCUUUUACUUAUCAUCACCAUCAUCAAUUUUGUUGCUGUUUCCUAAAUACCAGGCGGUCUCCAGGCAGUGCACACACAAAAAAUAAAAACACAUGUUUCAAAUAAAAACUUUUUUAAAAAAACCAGGCAGGAAUAAUUAACAAUUGUUGCGCAACAAAAAACAAACUCAACCUCUAAAAAGCAAACAGCAUUACUGUUUGCCACAGCUAAGAAUGCAGCCCAGGCAUAUAAGCCAUGGAAUCCAGCUCAUGGUGUUUCUGGGAGCAGACUCAAAAAAAUAUUCUGCUGAAAACAAAUACAAGAGCUUAUUCUAGGAGGUUUGCGGUAGUGCCAUCCUGCUGUUACUAUUAUCAAGCGCAAACACAUGGAGGUGGAUUUGUUUUAGCUCUCCCAAGAGCACGCAGAAAAUGAAGUCCUAUCAGAAGCUGACGGCAGACGUCCCCCAGAUCACAGAAUCCGGAGAGGAUGAUGGGAAACCGUUGUGUCAUCAGAAGUUGUCUGCUUGGUGGCUGGGUGGGGGCCUCCUGACGGUGGCUGCCCUGCUUAGCGGGGUGACCGUCUGGGUUCUCGGGCAGAUCUGGUGGGGUCAGCACGGAACGCCGCCCCUGACCAAGUGUGUCUCCAUCCCAGAGAGCCUCCGCUUUGACUGUUUCCCGGAGAGAAGCACAGUCGUGACGCGGGAGCUGUGCGAGGCCCGGGGAUGCUGCUUUGUCGAUGGUGACUGGCCUUCAGGCAGCGCGAGGGGGGUACCCUGGUGCUUCUACCCACCUGACUUCCCCAGCUACACCUUGGGCAGCCUGAAUGAGACUGAGCUGGGAGUGCGAGGAUUUCUGACCAGGAAGGCAAAGACCUAUUACCCAAGAGAUGUUGUGAAGCUGCAGCUCAGCGUGGAGUUUGAAACAGAUGCCCGGCUGCAUGUCAAGAUCACUGAUGCCACAAAGCCUCGGUACGAAGUGCCCCUUGAUGUUCCUCCAGCAACCAAGAGAGCGGAGAAUCCAUUGUACACCAUUGAGUUCUCCAAGGAGCCCUUUGGGUUGAUAGUGAAGCGGAAAUCUUCGGGGACUGUGCUGUUGAACACAACAGUGGCUCCCUUGUUCUUUGCUGAUCAGUUUCUGCAGAUUUCUACAGUCCUUCCAUCCACGUUCAUUUAUGGACUGGGGGAACAUCGAAGCAACUUCUUGCAUAGUCUGGAGUGGAACACCCUGACCUUCUGGGCCCGAGAUGUCCCUCCUACGGAGUCCUUCAAUCUCUACGGCGUCCACCCCUUUUACCUUGCCAUGGAGAGAGACGGAGCUUCCCAUGGGGUAUUCCUCAUGAACAGCAACGCAAUGGAGGUGGUGCUUCAGCCUGCACCUGCCCUCACCUGGAGACCCGUUGGAGGCAUUCUGGAUUUCUACAUCUUCCUAGGCCCAGACCCCAACUUGGUGCUCCAGCAGUACCAGCAGGUGAUUGGUUUCCCUGCCAUGCCUCCCUUUUGGGGAUUAGGCUUCCAUCUCUGCCGCUGGGGCUAUGGAACAAGCAACGAGACCUGGGAGAUCGUCAAGGCCAUGAGGAAUUUUCAGAUCCCGCAGGCUGCCCAGUGGAAUGAUAUUGACUACAUGGAUGGCUAUCGAGACUUCACCAUCGACUCCCAGAAGUUUGGCACUCUCCCCCAGUUGGUGGAAGACCUUCACAAACAUGGGCAGCACUACGUGAUGAUUCUGGACCCAGGAAUCAGCAGCACCCAACCUCCAGGCUCUUACUGGCCUUACGAUGAAGGCUUGAAGCGUGGAAUAUUCAUCAACAGCACCCAAGGAAAACCUCUGAUAGGGAAGGUCUGGCCUGGCUUCACCGCUUUCCCCGACUUCUCUAACCUAAACACUCACCAGUGGUGGCUGGAAAACCUGGACAGAUUCCACUCCCUCGUCCCCUUCGAUGGCCUUUGGAUUGACAUGAAUGAACCUUCGAACUUUGUGGAUGGCUCCACCGCAGGCUGUUCCCAGGAAGAGCUGGAUAAACCCCCAUACGUGCCCGCCGUACUGGGAAAUUCCCUUUCCGCCAAGACCAUCUGUGCCUCCUCCAGGCAGAACGCAUCGGUGCACUACAACCUCCACAACCUCUAUGGGCUGAUGGAAGCCAAGGCUACUGCUAGCGCUCUAGUCAAGAUCCGAGGGAAGCGGCCUUUUGUCAUCUCCCGCUCCUCCUUCCCCAGCCAGGGCAGGUAUUCGGGGCACUGGCUUGGCGACAACAGAAGCGAGUGGAAGGACAUGGUUUGCUCCAUCCCAGGGGUGCUCAGCUUCAGCCUCUUUGGGAUCCCGUUGGUCGGGGCAGACAUCUGCGGCUUCUCGGGCUCCACUUCGGAGGAGCUUUGCACUCGCUGGAUGCAGUUGGGAGCCUUCUACCCCUUUGCACGAAACCACAACACCCAGGAUGUGAAGGCCCAGGAUCCCUCCGCGUUCAGCCCUGCCGCACGAACUGCCAUGAAGACAGCACUAGAGGUCCGCUAUGCCCUCUUGCCGUACCUCUACUCCCUCUUCCACCGGGCUCACCUGCAAGGGGACACCGUGGCCCGGCCUCUCUUCUUCGAGUUCCCGAAGGAUGUGGCCACUUACUCCAUUGACAGGCAGUUCCUCUGGGGGCGGGGCCUGCUGCUGACUCCGGUGCUGGAGCCUGGCGUGAAUUCGGUGAUCGGCUACUUUCCCCGAGGCUUGUGGUACGACUACUACACGGGCUCUUCAGUGAACAGCAGCGGGGAGAACCUGAAGAUUGCUGCACCUCUGGACCACAUCAACGUGCAUGUGCGGGAAGGGACCAUCCUGCCAACCCAGAAACUCGGAGGCAGCACAUCGGUGGGCAGUGGGAACGCUCUUCACCUGAUUGCAGCCCUGUCGCAGAACGCCAAUGCCUGGGGAGACCUUUACUGGGACGACGGCGAGAGCCUGGACACGUUCGCCAAGGGCGACUAUUCUUACUUAGUGUUCAACGUCACACAGAACACAUUCACUUCCACCGUCCUGCAUUCCAACGCGGGAGCCACGUACGUCACAGUGGAUGCGCUGAGUGUCUACGGGGUCCGAGAAGAGCCAAAGACAGUCACUGUCAAUGGCAAGGAGAGGCCGUUUACCUACCUGACAAACCAGGUUCUCACUGUGAGUGACCUGCAGCUCAACCUCAGCCGCGGAUUCAGCGUACACUGGAUGUGAGACUGGCAGAGUUCCCUCCGCCCCAGCCGUCUGAAUGUACUGUUGCCGGCAGGCAGAUCUGUCGCCCGUCCAGGCCCUCCGGAUGGGGGGGCCGCACACCCCUAGGAGGGUCUCCGCGGCCCCGAGCCUCGCGCUCUCUUCUUCGUGUCUCCUCAGGAAAAGGGACUCCCUGCUGCUUCAGCUUUUACUGCAUUUCUGCCAAAAAAAA